AUGCACACGAACCAGUUAAACGGGAUGAAGGGCCAGCUUGACGGAAGGGGCACCAAGUCCCUCGGCGGCAAAGCCAAUAAGCCUAACACCAAGGGAACCAAUCAAAAUGCAGAUGCACAUUUUAAUAUAUCAAACGGGGGCCAAAAUGACGAAAUGGCUAAAGUCUUCCCAUUUGGAGAAGGUACACCUCACGGUGAAAUCGCAAAGGGUAGAGAUCAAGCCAGCUCAUCGAUACACAAUGGCCAUUUUGUGGACAUGAUGCAACACCCCGAAUGGGAUGUAACAUACACACGCAGCAAAACGGAAAAUAACUACUGCAAAAAAAAUGUCUUACUCAAUAACGAGUCAGAAGAGCUCACGAAGAAAAAGUCGCUUCCUCUUUCGUUUAGUCACAAAUCAAAUUACGUAAACAAGGCAGAAAAUGGGAAGAUCAAUAAGGCCAGUUUUAUGCGUAUAAGCAGGGGGGGGAGUGUACGCAUGGGUAGCAAGACAUUGCAACGUGGGGAGAGUGAAAAUAUGGAUAAAGUUUUGUCUUUUAGGGAUUCAAAAAAGGGGGAAAGUGAGACCCAUGGUCACAUAGGUGUGCUCACAGAGAAAGGUUGGCCAAGUGAGCGAGACGAACCAAACUGGCAUGGUGACACAGACGAAUUCGGUCAACUAAACGAGAAGCGCAAUCAGAAUGAGCAAGACGACGAAAGCGAGCAUGCCGCACAAAACUUUCAAAACGCACAACCUGAUCUUGCGGUAAAAAAAGAAGAAAGCGCAACAAAUGAUCAGUUACACGCAAAAAACACAAGAGGGGAAAAAGAGGAGGAAGCAGGAAAACAAAAGGAACAAAAGGAACAAAAGGAACAAAACGAACAAAAAGAACAAAAAGAACAAAAAGAACAAAAAGAACAAAAAGAACAAAGCGCCAUAAAAGAAUUCACCCCAGCAAAAAUAAAUGAUGAAUUGAGUGUGCUGGAAUUGAGAAAGGAGAAAAAUCGCGAAAUUAAAACAAAAUUUGAAAAAUUCUCCCAAAACUCACAAGGGAAAAACCAUACAUUUGGAAAGCUAAAGGGUAAUCAGAAAUAUUUUUAUCCCCCAGGGGAGAAGAAAUAUUCGGAUGGCUCACAAAAGGAGUCUUCUGAGGAACAAAUCAUGGUUCAAAAGUUUUUCAUACAACAAAGUGACACAGACGACAUAGUUCUGAAAAAGGUGAAUUCCAUUGAGCUCAUUUUGGAGGAAACCGAAAAGAGGAAUAUGAAUAAUUCGCUUAAAAGGGUUAGUAGCUUCAAAACGGGGAAAGAGAGAGAAAUUGGAAAUGCCACAACGGGGCAAAGUGUCGGAGGAGCAACCAUUGAGGGGGAACACCUGCGCAUGCAACCAUUCGGAACGACUUCCUUCAGUUCAUUCAGCUCGUUGGAAGAACAAACGGGGAAAGAGGAAAACAUAGGAAGUGUGAAUAAGGUUGGCCUUCUCAGAAAAAACAGGAACAACCAAAGUAGCGGCGUGUUUUGUGACCACAUGGAAGAGCAAAAGGAUGAAGAGGCUCUCCCCAUUUCGCGUGCACCACUUGGGGAUGAAGUCGAAAAAGAGUUGAAAAAAAAAAUUAACAAAAUGGAAAGUUAUCACAUCCAAUCGAAUGAACAUUGCGAUGCCAACAAUGUAGAAAGCAUAAACGAAUCGAGAAGAACGUCCUCCGGUUCGUCAGACGAGUUAGUAGAUAUAAAAAUAUACGACGACUCCGAAAUAGAGGAGGCCAAGGAGAGCGAAUUGGAGCCAUUUUGGCUUAACAGAGAAGUAUCAUCUCUUUUGAAUAAAUCGAAGCUGUAUUCUGCUAAAUAUUCAGACCAGUUCAAUUCGAGCACGGCCAGAUCGAGUGGUGGAAAUUACAUCAAUGACUCGGGGUUCCCAACAAGCGAAGAAUAUUCACAAGGAGGAACAACGAAUCGGAAAAUAAUUUCACCCAAAAUGAAAAGAUACGAAAGUGAUAUCAUCUCGUCUGUAAAAAUGAAGGCAAACAAUUUUGAGAAGCGAAACACGGUCGAUAAUAUAGGAAUGAUGCAAAGGUCCUUUAUCUUGGAAGAGCAUGACGAAGGGGAGACGUCUAGGACGCCCAACCAGAGACACAAGCAAGAUACAUCGAUUAGAAAGUACAGUCUUAGUAGAAACGGCACUUCGAACGAUAUGGAAAAGAAAGAAAACAUGGACGACAUGGCCAGCAAGGUAGAUGCCAUAAAAAAGAAGUUAUCCCUCAUUAAUGACACCGACGUCGAUCUCAUCAACUUUGAUCAUUUCGACAUGUACCAAAUCGAUUUUCAUAAAUUGGGGCUAAAGGUAGACAACUUAGAAAAAGAAGAAAAGUACAUUUUGAUGCUCUACAUGUCGGAAAAAAAAUUGGAGUACCUCCGGGGAGAAAGAGAGGCACACAAAAUGGUUCACGUCAGUUCGAAGGCAUUUCCAUCAAAUUAUAGCAAAAUGGUGGACGAUGAGAAGUCAAUACCAAUGAGGAAGUCACCUAGUGGCAUUAGUAGCGGCGGAAGAGGUGGAGGCGGUGAAAGCGGUGAAAGCGGUGAAAGCGGUGAAAGCGGCAAAAGCGGCGAAAGCGGCAGCAGUGACUGUGGAUUUCUCCAGUUGGGGCUCUUCGUCGAGCUGUGCCACAGAUUGUCAAAGCAGCAGAGCGUGAUGUCGAAGGGGGAGGAUAAGAACCAGCCCAGUCAGUCCAGUCAUCUCAGCCAGCCCAGUCAGCCCAGCCAGUCCAAUCAGCCAAUCCAAGCAAGCCAACCCACUGCCAACCAUGAGAAGAUCCUUCUAAAAAAAGUGCUAGCCAAUUUUGUAUACCUAUUUCUCCAAGAUGAGUGCCUAGACAAGCUGGUAAAAAACUAUGAAGAUAUGAAACAAGCAAGGGGGAAGGAAGACACGGAACGGGAAAAUUCGAAAUGUUUACACUACAUCUGUAGUAGCCUGUUACAGGACAUUUCUAGCUGCCAUUCGUAUGAAGAGAGAGAACCCAUCAUGGGGGCAGACUCUUCUGAGAUGCUUUACAAAAUAAUAAAAGAAAUAGGAAGCAAGUUCCUAUGCAACGAUAAAGUAAUGGGGAAAAUAAAACAAGUACAAAUUAUUAAUAACAUGUUAAGAGAGGAAGUUAGAACCUAUUCUAUCAAAGUUGCAUGCAUGAAUGAAUUUUUCGACAUAGAACCACACUUCAUUGAAGAAGCUGAGAAAGUCGUACUUGGCAAAGACAUCGGGUUCUUUCAAAUGCACACAUUAAACAUAAAUUAUACUUAUAACUAUCAUACCCAUGAAAGGAAAAUAAAAUUGCUCCAGGAAAAUAGCUACUCUGUUUUGAAUUUUUUUUAUGGCUAUUUUAACGACAUUUACAAUUGGUAUAGUGAUAAGAAUGAAGGGGAGCUGUUCCCCCAGGAUCAGAUAGAAAAUGCAGAAAUGAAUAAAGACAUGGCUUCUUCUAAAAGGGUCUCCAGGAAUUUUAUCAAAGCUAAGGAUGAGUCUACUAGCAGGGUAGAAGAGGAAGAAGGUCCUCUCAGAAAGGAUCACAAAGGGGUGAAUGCUGAUCAGGUGCCAUCCCAUCAGAAUGGAACAGGUCCUGCUUGGAAUAAAACGGUACACCCUUCUCCAUUAGAGGAGAAGAGUGAUAAGCAAAGGAAUCAAUUUCAGCCGGGAAGCACUUCUCCCCACACAGUGGAAGCAAAACAAGGAGAACAACAGAAGGAUCUAAACGAAAACAAGACAAAUGCAGAAAUGGAAUCAUUUAACAUUAUCGAAAAGAAGAAAUAUCUAGACAAUGUAAACUCUGUGGAAGGGACAAUACUGAGUAAUUCCACCAAGAUUGGAGAAUGUCCACUAGAAAGUAACACAUCAAGUGUAGAUAAUUUAAUUUCUGCGGAUUAUAACAACCUAGGAAAUAGCAGGGGCAUUGAUAAUUUGACCCCCCUCGAGGGAGACCUCCUCCACUCCGUUGAGAAUAGUCCGGCACCCGAUGAAGACAGUGUGGAGGAUGCAUGGGGGAGCCAUUUGACAGAUAGAAUAGGUACUGAUCCCGCCGGUGCCAACCCCAGCAGCCGCAGGAACGGCCAAACCGCAGUGGAGCCCAAAACGGAACCAACUCCAAAUGAGCAGAAGGAGAAGCAGAAGGAGAAGCAGAAGGAGAAGCAGAAGGAGAAGCAGAAGGAGAAGCAGAAGGAGAAGCAGGUUGAGAAGCAGAAGGAGAAGCAGGAAGUGAAGCAGGAGGAGAAGCAGGAGGAGGACAUCCAAGAAGCGCACCUAGUUUCGUUUCAAUACAAAGGAUCCAUACCAAAGGGGGAAAUAAACCAAAUGAGCAACAUGAGUAGAGAUAAGAACAAAAAUAUAAUAGGGUGCUACCUCUCCGCACCAAGUGACGAACAUUUGAUUGCUGUUCAAAUAAAGAAUGAGAAAAUUGAAAAUGUGCCAAGCGCGCAUUUUCUAGUGGAACGGUGUAAUAAGUACAACAAGGAAUUUAACAACUCCUUUGUCCAUAUUUUAAAUUCGAGGACAAAACGGUACCUCGCUGUAGAUGUUCAAAAUGGGAAGUUCCUCUUUACGAGGAAAUACGACGACGUUUUCUUUACAGAUGAGAGUAAUGUGGAGCACAGGGUGUGCACCUACUUCCAGCUGCAGUCCAUAUCUGACCUGAUGAAAAGCGUGAUCAUCGAGGACCUGGUGCAGAGCUUGGCCGACGUGGUUCUGCGCUGA